CUUCUCAGUGCCACCAGGCAAGAAAAUGUGCAGGCUGGCUGAACUGCAAGUGCCAUUUACCCCGAACACAGCGCACCGCGGACUUGUCUCGAUCAAACGGCCUUCUGAAUUCUAACCCUUUUACAGCAUGAUGGAACAAGUGAAAGCACUCGAGUUCAACCUGGGCAAGUUUUCAGCUCACGUCACUUGUGGGACAAGGCUCUCACGUUAUCACACAGCAGUCCGAAUACCAACUGCCCAAAGGCAGCAUGAAGUAUCUGAGCACUCGCGGCGGCCCCGAGCGGCUGUCCUUUGAGGAGGCAGUGAUCCAAGGCCUUGCGCCAAAUGGUGGCCUCUACAUUCCCGCUGCGAUACCACAGCUGCCGCCAAACUGGGCCACCGAGUGGUCAUCGUUCACUUUCCCCCAGCUCUCCUUUCAGAUUCUCCGAAGAUUCAUCCCAGUGUCGGCCUCUGAAGGCGGUAUUCCUGAUGCAGACCUCAAAUCACUUAUUGAGCGCUCCUACUCGACGUUCCGCGACCCGCAGGUCAGCCCGCUCGUACAGCUUGCAGACCACGAGUGGUGCCUCGAACUCUGGCAUGGUCCGACGUUUGCCUUCAAGGACGUGGCGCUGCAGCUAGUCGGAAACCUGUUCGAAUACUUUUUGCAACGCCGCAAUGCCGCUAAGUCGCAAGGCGCCACCCCUGACCGCAUCACCGUCGUUGGUGCUACUUCGGGGGACACUGGCAGCGCAGCUAUCGCUGGUCUCAGAAGCAAAGCGAACAUCGACAUCUUCAUCCUUCAUCCCAAGGGGAGGGUCAGUCCGAUCCAAGAGGCCCAGAUGACGACAGUGCUCGAUACCAAUGUGCACAAUUUGGCGGUAGACGGCACGUUUGAUGACUGCCAGGACAUCGUUAAGGUUCUCUUCUCCGACAAAGCUUUCAACGAUCAGUACCGUUUGGGUGCAGUCAACUCCAUCAACUUUGCUCGCAUCCUCGCGCAGAUUGUCUACUACUUUUCCGCCUACUUCCAACUGCAGAAGCAGCUCGGACUAUCAACUGCCUCUUCUUUCCCGCCAGAGAUCCAGUUCGUUGUGCCGACUGGAAAUUUCGGCGACGUCCUUGCUGGCUACUAUGCAAAGCGCAUGGGCAUGCCGGUUCAGAACCUCGCGGUCGCAACGAACGAGAACGACAUUCUACAACGCUUCUGGAAGAGCGGUGCCUAUGAAAAGAAUAGCGCAUCUUCACAGAGUGGGCAUACUUCAAUGUCGCAGGUGGAACUUGCACAAAGCUCGCUUGACAGUGCUGCAGGAGGCGUCAAGGCUACGCUGAGCCCAGCGAUGGACAUUCUGGUCUCUUCCAAUUUCGAGCGAUUGCUGUGGUACCUGGUCUUUGAGACGGAUACCUCUGGAUCAGAUGAGGAGCGGGCAUCAAGAGCGGGCGAGCAGAUCGGGAACUGGAUGAAGGACUUGAAGGAAAAAGGAAGAUUCGCAGUGUCAGAGGAACAGCACAAGCUUGCGCGGCGAGACUUUUCUGCGGAGAGGGUCUCUGACUCUGAGACCAAGAAGACCAUCCUCAAGUACUUUUCCUCCCCGCCGUCUGCAAUGCACCGGAAGUCGUAUCUUGUUGAUCCGCAUACCGCCGUCGGCAUGUGCGCAGCGAACCGACUCGUGAGCUCGAACCGCUCGGCCACGCACCAGAUCAUCCUUUCCACUGCACAUCCCGCCAAGUUUUCCGAGGCGGUCGUCUCCUCGCUGGAAUCUGCUGGCGCACAGUUCGACUUUGACAGAGACGUGCUGCCGCCGGAGAUGCAUGGCCUGCUCGAAAAGGAAAGAAGAGUCAUUGAUGUCAAGCUCGGGCAGCAGGGUGGAUUUGAGAGCUUAGUGGAGAACACGAAAGCGGUAAUUGAGAAGACGGUCGGGGCUUCCCAGGCACAGUCGCAAGCGAACGGUGCAGUGACUGCAAGUUCAUAGUCCAAAAUGUCGCUUCUCCCUCUUCCCGAAUAAAUAAUCGCC